CAACCUUAGCUGUAGCCGGGUUAAAAUUAAACCCUGAGAAAUAUGAGCUAUUCAAAAAUAGCAUUAAAUGCUUAGGGCAUGAGGAAACAGCACAGCAACAAGCCUUCGAAACAUUGAAGACCCACCUCAUUACUGCCCCGAUCCUAAGAUACCCUAACUUUGAAAGAACAUUUUAUCUUUAUACCGACACGUCUGGUAUUGAAUUAGGGGCAGUAUUGGCCCAAAAAGAUGAAAACAAGAAGGAGUAUGCCAUUGCUUAUGCAAGCAAAAGCCUUACACGCCCAGAAAGAAAUUAUGCCGCCACGGAGCUGGAAUGUUAUGCUGUGGUUUGGGCAGUGGAAUAUUUCCAUCAUUACUUAGGGUAUAAACCAUUUAUUGUUGUUACGGACCAUGCAGCAUUAAGAUGGCUUCACAAUACCACCCUGAAAGGGAGAAGAGCUAGAUGGAUUCUACGCCUUCAACUCUAUAACUUCACUAUCGUACACAGAUCAGGUAGGGUCCAUAAUAAUGCUGAUGCAUUAUCACGCAUAGUUACAGACAUACCUAGACAAGAAAAUGGCAAUCGCGAAACUGUUAGCCAUUAUCAAAAAGUAGCAGAUAUGAGAAAUGUUAAAGAAAAUCACCAAGGUAAAUUACUAUCUGAAGAAACCAAAUUCGCUGAAUUUGAAGAGGUGGAAGUUUUCAGGGCAAUUGCCCAAAAAUACUUCCCCGAAGAAAUUGAUGAAGAGACAAAAACUAUCCCUAAAGAUCUUAAUACGGAAGAAAGCAAAUGGGAAGAUUAUGGCACUGAUGAAAAUGAAAUUUGGGAAUGUGAACUGGACGAAGAACUCACCACAAGUGAAGUAGAGCGUGAAAGGUAUCUUCAGGCUCUCUUAAUUGAAUUGGCUAUAGAAGCCGAAAUAGAAAUUACGUGGUUCACUCAAAAUGGUUACCAAUACGAACCUGUAAGCCAUAGUAAUCUUGAAACAAGAGGGCUGGAAUUUGAGAAUAAUAAUGGGGAAUGGAAUGAUAUCAUUUAUUCCGGCUCCAACCAAAUUUGGAAUGAAAUCGAGGAUAACAACCCAUUAUUUGGAUCUAUGGAGGCUAGUAGUAAUUUUAAGAAUAGCCCCAAACCUUUGACGAAUUUAUUGACUGGGAAGUCUAUGAUAGCAUGUAAAGAAUGGAAGAGAACAAUACCUUUUUGA